AUGGCGACGUCCAAAAGCCCCGAGGGCGCAGAGGAUGUUAACGACUUUUUGCUGCGCAUUCGGGAACUCGGUGAACGCCGAGAUAAAGAAGACGACCAGCGCACCAAGAAACUCGAGGAUGAAAUUUUGCAAGGCCGCAAGGAAAGACAGGCCCGUCGAGCAGAGCGGGCACGGUCGAUUGCCGGUUCACCCACUAUGAAUCCUCUCCGAAUGAGUACCUCAUCUAUCGGCCAGUCUUCAAUCGACCCUCCAGAGCACCUCGAGCCCACAUUAACAACCCCGGACCCAGAGACACCCACCGGGACAAGAGAGAGUGAGGUCCGUGAGACAGCUAUCCCGAGACGCGGGUCGAACCAAGAAGUAGAUGGUGAAUCGCCCCCACGAACGCUGCCCGCCUUAUCUCGAAGUCGGACAGGUACCUUGUCGUGGCAGCAACGCCCUCCAUCGCGAGACUUGGUCAACAGAUCACCCGGUUCCACAUCGCCGACGCGUUUAGGCCAUUUCCGAAAUCCAUCUACUAUCUCGACGGAUAGCCAGCCCUCGCGGGCUCAGAUUGCGCAAUCACUUGGCUCGAAAGACCCAGCGUGGUUCCGUCAAACUCCAGAUAGAGGAGCAGGUUCACCGGCGUACCGCCAAACCGAGGAGAGAUCGAACAGUCCAGCGGAAUGGACUGCAAGCCACCGGCUGCCUGGUAUGAGUCGUGAGCCAACUGCAGAACCAGACAAAAUGGAAGAAAUAGACAAAUCUCCAUCCCUGCCAAGGACAACUUCUACUAUUGGCGAAAGCAGUGUUGGCAACCGUUAUUCGAGCAUAUCAUCAAUGUCUCAAAGUACUGGACCACCCUCGCCAGAGCCAUUGGCAGAUGCUCCAAAGCUCGAUCAUCCUCCAACCGACACUAGUGACCCUCUACCCCCUUCUCCCACACAGCGACGAAUGUCACCCGAAAGAGCGCGUUCGAUGUCCCCCACCAAGGGACUAGGUGGAUUCGUGCAAAGCGCGAUGAUGAGGCGCUCGGAUAGCGUAUCAAAACGGUGGAGCGCUCAGGUCCACCAAGGUCUGAGUCGAAGCAAUUCCAUUGUUAGCAACCGUAACAGUGUGGCAGCUCCAAGUCUUACGGGAAGUGUCAGUGAUAUGACACCAUCAACCGGGCUGAAGUUCAACCAGGAAGUAUUCUCAACUACUCAGCGACCUGGGUCGAGCCACAGCGAAGCUACUGUGCAGAAUCCAGACGAAAGCGAACGGCCUACUACACCCUCAUUCCCAAAGAGCGACACACUCCGUUCUGAGGGAAGCCCGAGUAGAGCCGCGCUGUACUCUCACGCUAGAUCAUUGAGCACAGCCACUGUGGACAGUGCCAAUGGAGAUGCUUCAUCCAGUCCUUUCACAUCGAGGACUAUGGACCCUAAGCGCUGGAGCCCAACCAAGGCGUCCUGGUUGGAAAGUGCUCUGAACCGACCAGAAUCUGCACGAAACUCGAGGCAGUCUCCAUCACAGCCUUCCUGGGCGCGAGAGCGACAAUCGCGGGGCAGUGUUGACAUGGGUCGAGUGAGCAACUUCAAAGAAGUGACUCCUGUGGGUUUAAUGAGAACACCUCCACCUGGUACUCAUUUCAAGAAACCCAGUAUUUCUGGCGCCUCAUCCCUUUUGGGAAGCCCUACUAUCAACCCUAUGAAAGAGACUGUGCCAGACAAACCAUUAUCAAUUCUCGAGAACGAAGCAUCGGCCAAAACUGAAAAGCAAACUGAAGCCCCUAAGAGCGACGUAAAGCCCAAGACAUUGGAGGAAGGUUCAGAUGACGAGAAAGAGAAUCAGUCAUCUCUGCCUGCAGUCGAAACUGCGGAGAAACCCGCAGAGCCGAAGAAGUCUCCGGAACCAAUACCAGAGCCAGAGCCUGUUCGUAAAGCACCACCUGCUUUAAAUGCGAAACCGAACUUCUCCCUGCCGUCCCGCGGGGAGCCUUUCUCUCUGAAGCCUAAGCCAGAGUCUCCUGUUGUUGACUUCAGAGGAAAUUUGCGCAAGCGCGAAGUUGCCAAGGACGCCAACCGAAAUGAGGAACCCGAGUUCAAGAAUGUUUUCGGACGACUCAAAAAGACGGAGACUCGAAAUUACGUUGCUCCUGACGAACUCAAGGGCAAUAUUUUGCGCGGCAAAGCUGCACUGAACGUGACCGGGGGCCCGAAGAAGACUGAAAGAGUUGAUGAGUUUAGAGAUAGCCUUGUUAAAACAAAGCAAGCCAUGAAGGCAGGUGGGGGCUCGAUUAGAAGACCAACCGUUGGGGAGAAAGAUGAACCACCCAAACCCGUCGAUGCAGUCCCCGAAGCCAUCGCGAGACGCAACACCAUGACACGACCAAAUAGCAUCCGUCAGCCGAUCACGAAUCCCCAAUCUGCUAGUCCAACCAUCUCCACAGAAGUCAGCUCAACACGCUCAUCCGAAGACCGAUCUGUGGUAUCACCUUCCGUCGCGAGUACAAGCCCCACGAAAGAGGAACUUGCAGUUUUAUCACCUGUUCUUGACGAGCCCAAGGCUUCGCCUGUAGAACGUCAGCCCGCUCCAUGGAGGAUCAGAAACGUGAGACGAGAGCCUGGAAGCCCGGUGGCCCUGGAUCGCCAGGUUUCACCAACAGAGAGUGCUAGCUCAGCUCGAGGUCUUCCAUCCGCCAAUCGCUGGAAAACGACAGAGCAGUCCCCAACUGCGACAGAUCCUCCUGCUUUCUCCGCAAAGGGGAAGCUCGCAGGCCGAAUCAAUCCAGCCUUAGCAGGCAUCCUAUCCCGUGGACCCCAAGCGGCAGCCGAAGGACCAAAGAUGGAUGUCCCGGUCCCAGAUGCUAGAAGCCCGGCAUCUACUUCACCUGCUGCUCCCCUUACCCAUAUGACGAAAGGUCGCGCCAGAGGUCCUAAGCGACGGCUACCGAAGGGCAACGAUGCUCCCACUGUUACGUCUGCCGAGAAUUCCAAGGAGGUUGGUCCCAUUUCCUCUCCUGAAGCUCAAAGUUCCCAGAUUACCCCCGAGCCUGAUGUUCCCUCGGGAACGAACUCGGGCGAGUCUAAGGAUAGCAAAGAUAUUGUUGUCAAUACUGAAAACGCUCAAACAGAGAGCCCUUUCGCCAAACAACUCUCGGGAGUAAGAGCUACCUUCCAGAAUGCUCUCAACAGUGGACUGCAACAGAGAUUGAGGAGCUUCUCGCCCUUGUCCCCCCAAGAACCGAGCAGCCCUGUCUCCCAACCGGACCACACCAGCACCCGUGAAAAUGAAUUUCCUUCAGAUCUGAGUCCGAGAAAUCGACGCCCCGAGCCUUUGAAAUCCAACUCUAUUUCACCAUCUCUAUCUCCCGUAUCGAGUCCAACCACAAGGUCGUUCUCGUGGGGUCAGAGGGCCCGAUAUAUGGCUUCACUAUCGUCUCCUUUACGCUCGAACUUCAGGGACAAUGGCCGGGAUUCGCCUUCAACGCCGCCACCAAAAGAAAUACCUGGGGUCAGGGUGGCGGAUUCGUCACCACCGAAGACCAAAGAAUCUCCACCAGCCCCUAGUAAAUGGGCUGAAUACUCCCUCAAUAAGCCCGGUGAUCCGCAUAGAUUGUCCCGCAAGAUGUCGGCACCUUCAUUGGUAGCUCAAGCAGCUGAAGCUCGCGAGGUUAUUGCGGCAUUCUUCAAAACUUUCCCGAAUCAACGAGAUGGUAUGGAUAUUGACCCCCAGUUAAUGUUGACAAACAGACUGGAUGAGUCGAAGAUUCGAACUGUGAACCAUCAGAUUUGGGAAAUUACAGGCGAUGGAAAGAAACAAGACUUGCCUGCCAAUCAAGAAUAUGUUCUUUAUGAAGGGAGCAUGUACCUGUGUGUCCAUAUUUUUGAAGCACAAGGUACCAACAGCACUGAAGCUUACCUGUGGUGUGGUGAUGAUGUCUCGGAAGGUGCCAUUGAAGAUGCUCACCUGUUCUCUCGCAAGGUUGCUCGCGAGAAUGGCUGUAAGCUGGAUGUUAUCCGUCAGGGGAAGGAGCCGGUGCGGUUUAUCCAAGCGCUCGGUGGGAUCCUCAUUACCCGCCGCGGUGGAGGUUCACGUUCUUCAUCGUCUGCUUUGUAUAUGCUGUGCGGUCGGAAGCAUAUGGGCCAAAUGGCAUUUGACGAAGUGGAUUACUCUCUUCGCAAUCUAUGCUCGGGCUUUCCGUUCGUGAUUUCUGCCCCGUUCGGCAAGCUUUACCUAUGGAAGGGCAAGGGAAGUGGCCCAGAGGAAACCGGAGCUGCUCGGUUGAUCAGCAUGGACCUUGGUCUGACCGGGGAGUUUGAAGAAGUGGAAGAAGGCCAAGAACCAGAGACCUUCUUCGAAGACUUUGCCGGGUCGAACGAGGCCAACCCGCUUAUGACCUCCGACUUCUGGAGUCUCAAGCCGAAGUACCCUCAUUUCCGCCUUCGUCUCUUUCGUAUUGAUCAUGAGCUUGGUCAACCUUCUCGUUUCUGGAACCACCUGCGACGUCCAGGCUCGGGCUCGCCGACUGUUCGCCCGAAUGAUACGCUCCAGGAGAUUGAGCCCUUUCGUUACAAGGACUUGACUGAGAAGGAUGUCUAUAUCCUAGACACCUUCUUUGAGAUUUACGUUAUUGUCGGCGAAUACGCAUCGCAAAAAUCAGCCGAAUUUGCCACCGCACUGGUUUUCGCCCACGAAUACGGCAUCCUCGCCGCUUCACUACAAGACCGCCCAUUCAUCCCCAAGAGCCUCGUCGCAUUAGGCGGUAUUCCAGACCGGUGCCAGAGUGUUUUCCGCAAAUGGGACCAGUCAUCCGUACACGCCCCGUGUCUUUUCCCUUGGGAGUCGCGAUCGAAGCACUUCGAACACAGUAAGGCAAUCAAAUGGUAA